UUUUCUCCAACAAGCACACAUAUUGAGAGAGAGAGAGAGAGAGAGAGAGAGAGAGAGAGAGAGAGAGGUUGAGGCAUUGUUCUUCUUCUUCUUCUUUCUUCUUGCAAUCUGGUGUUUUAGAGAAGAGUUGGAAAAUGGAGAAAACUCUGACAAGAGUUGGGAGAUUUUGGGUUUCCAAGAAAGCUAAGGAAGAGAUCUCCAACAUCACUCAAGAUCUCUCUUCAUUAUCAAACACUGUUGAGGAGAAAGCAAAACGGAUAUUCAACAAGCUCAAAGGUAAGCAACAAAAACCGUUGCCUGAUCUUCUCCGAGAGUACUACCUUCCACCCGGCCUGUUUCCCCGGAACAUAACAUGUUACGAAUUUGACGAAUCAAAGGGCAAGCUCAUUGUUUACUUGCCUUCUCCCUGUGAAGUGAGCUUCAAGGACUCAUCUGUUGUACGAUACAGCAUUCGCAUCAAAGGAACAUUGUCGAGGGGAAAGCUUAGUGGAAUCGAAGGAAUGAAGACAAAGAUUCUGGUGUGGGUGAAAGUCACUAGCGUUUCUGUCGAGGGCUAUAAGUCUGACAAAGUAUGGUUCACCGCUGGUAUGAAGAAAUCACGACCCAAAGAUGCUUAUGAAAUGCCUCGCGAUGCUAUUAUAGUCGAAGAAUUCUAAGGAUGUGUGAGGUUUUUCGUUUUUACACGUUAUAUUUUCGGAAUAUGAAAAUCUUAAGCAAAUACUUGUGCACGCAAUUGUUUUCUUUUAUUCAAUAUGCAGAAAUUGUCAUGCGA